AACCAAGACCAACACUUUGUCUGACUGACAACACACCGAGGAAUAUAUCACUUUCUAACUUCGGAGACAGCAUUUUUGCGUCUGCGGUCUUUUUCUUGUGGCUUUCUUCGCGCGCUUGACGCAAGGCUCCCUCACACUUUAAAUCGAGAUGUCACAAAUGCUUCACACUAAGGUCAAUGAGACUGUUCAAGAUCUCUACGACAGCUUACGUGUAUCUCACGGCAUAACACCAACCGUGGCCGAAGUACAACACCUCAAGGAUGUCAUCCUCAGCAUCGGCCACAGCAGACACAACAAGAUCGAACCUGCUCUACUAUUCUUCAUCCCCAGAUCGGCUUUGAAGUUUUUGCAGGACACUUUGCUGAUCGGUUGGAUUGAGGCACCUGGUUAUCCUAGAGCAGAGGCUUGGUACAAGUUUUCUGGCAAGAGCAAUGUUUAUGCCAAACCUGGUGCGCCUCGUGGCUCUCUUUACACAAACUUGGAUCCUUUGUGUGAUGUUUGGUGUCAGGCUUUGGAUGAUGUGCUUGUUUUGGACGAGAUCGAGGAUAGGGCUGUGCAAUACGCAUACUUUGCCGCCGUGGUUGCGAUUCUGAGAGCCGAUCCACCACCUCCAUCGUUUGAGGAUCAUCCGGCCUCCGAUACGGUAGCCCAGCAUCGUACUUCUCCCGUCAAGGUUCGCAGAUCCUCAAUGCUCGACGCCCCAAGAUCCUCACGCAAGAAGAGAAGACUGGUCAAGAGAGAGGAAGCAUUCCCCAUCAUCGACCUCACAGAGUCAGAUACUGGCGAAGCUGUCACCCUCGAGCCUCACUCGGCUCUGAGAUCCCACUAA